AUGCCUUCAUGGAAAAAACAAAAUAAUCCAGUACCACCUUAUUUGAUUGGAACACCUGGAAAAUAUAUUAGAAGAGAAAGUCCUCCUCGAUUUCCUACACUAGAUGUUAAUCCUAAAAUUAAAUCAAAUAUUCCUAAUAUACAAUUAACAAAGAUUUCAGAUAAUAAUAAAACAAGUCAUAGAAGUAGUACAAUUUCUGAAACAUCUAGUCAUCCAUCACAAAAUAUAACUGUUCCAUCAAUAAGAGGUAUACAAAAUACUAAUGGUUUAAAAAAAAGUAGCCAUCGUUUUGAAUUAUCUUCACAUUCUUUUGCUAAUCAUCAUCCAAUUCAUGGUGGACAAAAAGAUAAUCCCUGCAACAAACCAACAUUAACUUCAUCAGUUUCAAUAGGUAAUGUUGUUCAACAUUCAAAUGAAAAUGAAUAUAGACCAAUAAAUCAUGUUCAAUCUCAACAGGCAUUAUCACUAAGAUCUCUACCAAUGAUAAAUUGUAACAAUAAUGAAGAAUUAACAUUACCUGCUAACUGGUCAGUUGAAAUGACAGAUGAAGGUUUGUUAUAUUAUGUUGAUCAUAAUAAUCGUGUAACACAUUGGGUUCAUCCUUUUGCUAGAGAAAAUUUACCUUAUGGUUGGCAAAAAAUUUUUCAUCCAGAACAUGGUGUUUUAUAUUACAAUGAAUAUGAAAAUAUUACACAAAUAGAACAUCCUGGAAUUGCACAAGAUAUAGAUGCUAUUUAUGAAUCACCUUCAGUUCAGGCAAUUGUUCAACAACCAUCUGCAGAGAAAGAUGAAUUUAUUGAAGAGGUAAGUAUUAUUAAUGAAGAGGAAGUUCCACAAUGGUUAAAAUUAUAUGCUACAGCAGAUACAGAAAGUGAUCAUUUAUUAAAUUGGAAUUUAUUUAAACUUUCACAAUUAGAUAGUUUUGAUGGAAUGUUAUUUAAAUUAUUCAAGCAAGAAAUAUUAAAUGUAGCACAAAGAUAUGAAAAAUUACGCCGUGAAAUUAAUAUUGAAUUGGUAAAUCGACGUUGUGAUCAACAUUAG